ACGAGGUGUUCCAGGUGUGAUUCAUGCGCCUGUUGGCUGUUUGGAUUUUUGCCAUGGUUGGCUAUGGGGAUGCUUAGCAGACGCGUUUUUCUUCUGAUUUAUCUAGCCACAGGGCUAGCAGUCGCCCAGAAGUUACAGAGGCAAGAAGAACAACCACCCCAGCAGCCGUUGGAUCCGAUUCCGCCGCCGCCAGAUGUGCCACCCCCUGACCCCAAUAACCCUGGCGGCACUUUAAGCCCUGAUCCAAACAAACCCUUUGCGCCACCGUUCAACCCUGGUCCACCGAUCGUUCCAGCUGACUAUUCAUAUGCGCUAAAUGGAGGAAAUGGUCCAACCUCGUGGCAAUCGAGCAAUCCGCAGUGUGCGGGGAAAAUGCAGUCGCCACUUGAACUUUCUAUUGGACCCUUGGUUGGCGUUUCGUACCCACCGCUGCGAUGGGAGGGCCACUGGGACGUGCGGGACAACGGUUUCGUUUUGGCCAACAUCUAUCAAGGAGUGCAAGUCCAGUUUGUCGGUGAAGGUCAGCCGCGACUGCGAGGGGGACCGCUGCCUUCUGAUUUUCUGCUGUCGCACGUGAACUUUUACUGGGGAAACGAUUCGGGCAGCUUACAUUCCAUAGACAGGCACUUCUUUGGCAUGGAAUUGCACUUGGUCCACUACAAACGACUUUAUGGCAGUUACGUGAACGCCACCAAAGAAUCAGACGGAAUCGCCAUAGUUGCAAUGUUUUUAUCGAUCUCGCAAAAGAAUAACUUGGGAAUGAGCACGCUGGUCGGAGCGCUGUCGGGAAUUCGCAACCCAGGUUCGAGCAUUCCACUUUACGGAGACGCCAUGAUGUGGCUUAAAAAUUUCCAGACCAUUGACCAUUAUUACUCGUACUCCGGAUCACUUCCGCACCCACCGUGUAAUGAAAUCGUUACUUACAUUGUUCUGGAAAACCCUGGCACCGUUGGAAUCAAACAGCUAAGGGACUUUCAAAAGGUCCGGACUCCAGAAGGGCCGCUGAUUCAAAACAGACGCCCAGUUCAACUAAGAAACGGACGACCCAUUUACUACUGCAACUACUCGAGCGCAACAAAACUUUACACAAACAUUUCAGUUUUUUGCAUCGUUCAAAUUCUCAUUUUCACGUUCAAAUGACCAACUGUCUUUUUGUUUUAUUGUUCUAAAAAUAAAAUUUGUUUUCAUUUUAUCAA